AUGACUACACAACCCAUAACCAAACCACCACUAGUCCCCUACCCCGGUCGUUUACUUCGCCAAAAGACCGACGAGCAAUUCACCAAGUUUGUAAGCUUACUUAAACAACUUCACAUCAACCUUCCUUUUGUUGAAGUCCUCACACAAAUGCCAAAAUACUCCAAAUUCAUGAGGGACUUCCUCACUCACAAAAGAAAGAUUGAGUCUAUUCAACAAGUCAAUCUAAGUGAAGAAUGCUCGGCGGUACUCCUUAAUAAACUCCCCCAAAAGAAGAUUGAUUCUGGAAGCUUCACCAAUCCUUGCUCCAUUGGAGGAUCACCAAUAAGCAAUGCGCUUUCCGACCUAGGGGCUAGCAUCAACCUAAUGCAUGCCUCUAUGUUCAAAAGACUUGGACUUGGGAAACCACAUUCUACAAGGAUGAGCAUCCAACUUGCGGAUAGGUCGGUAAAAUACCCCCAAGGUGUCGUAGAAAAUCUUUUGGUUAAGGUUGGGGAAUUUGUUUUCCCGACCGACUUUGUAAUCCUUGAUAUGGAGGAAGACACCGAGAUACCGCUCAUAUUAGGAAGACCAUUCCUUGCCACUGCUCGAGCCAUGGUAGAUAUGAGUGAACGGAAGACUAACAUUGAGGGUAGGCGACAAGGAAAUAAAGUUUGA